CCAGGAGCCCAGGAAUCUCUGUGGUAAAACCGUAAUUUCAAAGAUCUCUAGGUACAAAUAGACAAAGCGUAUCAACUAUCAAGUAUCAAUCGUCCAAAUUCAUUGAAGAGAUUUCCAGAAUCCAGAAUGAAGAACCUUGCGGGUCAUUACAAAAAUCUACAAGAGAUUUCUCAAAUUGCCCAAUCUACCCUUCAGCAAGGGCAUUUCUCUGUCAUUCUAACGGCAACCAUCUUCACUGUUCAAGUCUUCAGUUGGUUCAAUUCCAUAUUCCAGCUUAAAACCUUGGCGGCUUCUAUUUAAAGAUUGUGACUUUUGUUGUGUGCACAUGCAUGGAAUGGAUGUAUAGGCAUACAUGUAUUUAUUAUGUAAUAUAUAUUUUUUUAUGGGACCAGUUCGACAACAGAGUGUCAGCUGCAUUUCAAUAGGAAUUGUGAAUUUGGGAAGGUCGACAAAGCGGUUGAUUUACAGCUAGUGGCCCAAGAACCAUGAGUUGAAAAGGGUUAAUGCAAAUUAAGAACUUGGUUUGAGACAAGUUAAAAGUGGAAGUUAGUAAUUUGGUGUAUCAUGUUCUCUUUCCAAAAAAGAUGUUCAUGGUCCCUAGUGGCAAGUGGUGCUUCAUUUGUGAUCUUGGUUUCAGUUAUUCACUUAUUCCUGUACCCUGUGGUUCCUUCUCUGGACUAUUUUAGUACACGGUCCUUUCAAAAUUCUUGUCUCCCAAUUAAUGGGUCAAGUGCAGUAGGUAAUAGGGCUUCCCGAGAUAACAAGACAAUCGAAGAUAGAAUGUAUGUGACACUAGUCAACGAGACAUCUAAAGGAAGCCCGCCUCCUAUGCUUGAUUUGAAUGCAGAAUUUCCUGAAGAUUUACAUAAUGCUGUGGUCUACCGUGGUGCUCCAUGGAAGGCUGGAAUUGGCCGGUGGUUAGCUGGUUGCGAUGCAAGAAAUGCAUCAGUGAAAAUAGUUGAGCAAAUUGGCAGCAAGAGCUGCAAAAAUAAUUGCAGCAGUCAAGGCGUUUGCAAUCAUGAGCUGGGUCAAUGUCGCUGCUUUCAUGGUUUCAGUGGUGAAGGAUGUUCAGAGAGGCUGGAGUUGAAGUGCAACUUCCCCGAGUCAAAAGAGCAACCUUAUGGGCGAUGGGUUGUAUCAAUUUGCCCAGCACAUUGUGACACAACAAGAGCAAUGUGUUUUUGUGGGGAAGGCACAAAAUACCCAAAUCGUCCUCUUGCAGAGACAUGUGGCUUUAAGAUCAACCCCCCAUCUAAACCCGGAGACCCCCCUGUGACUGAUUGGACAAAAGUUGAUCCAGAUGUCUUCACUACCAAUACUAGCAAACGAGGAUGGUGCAAUGUGGAUCCCGAUGAAGCAUCCGCUUCCAGGGUGCUCUUCAAAGAGGAGUGCGAUUGUAAGUAUGAUGGGCUUUGGGGCAGAUUCUGUGAGGUGCCUGUUUCGAGCACUUGUAUCAAUCAAUGCUCUGGGCAUGGGCUAUGUCGAGGUGGAUUUUGUCAGUGUCAUACUGGUUGGUUUGGGGCAGAUUGUAGUGCUCCCUCUAUUCUGUCCUCCAUAGGAGACUGGCCAAAGUGGCUUCGACCAGCCAAAGUAAACAUUCCAGAUAAUGUGAAUGCGACAGGGAAUCCUGUUAAUAUUGAAGCUGUGGUGGAGAAGAGAAGGCCACUCAUCUACGUUUAUGAUUUGCCCCCAGAGUAUAACAGUCUUCUCUUGGAGGGACGCCAUUUUAAAUUGGAAUGUGUAAACAGAAUCUAUGAUCCAAAUAAUGCUACAGUAUGGACAGAUAUGCUGUAUGGUGCACAGAUGGCACUUUACGAAAGUAUAUUAGCCAGCCUUCAUCGAACAUUGAAUGGCGAAGAAGCAGAUUUUUUCUUUGUUCCAGUUCUUGAUUCCUGCAUUAUAACUCGUGCUGAUGAUGCCCCUCACUUGUCCAUGGAGGAGCACAACGGCUUGAGGAGCUCUCUUACUUUGGAGUUAUAUAAGAAGGCUUAUGAUCAUAUUAAAUCAGAGUACCCUUACUGGAACCGUUCAUCAGGCAAAGAUCACAUAUGGUUCUUUUCAUGGGAUGAAGGUGCUUGCUAUGCCCCUAAGGAAAUUUGGAACAGCAUGAUGUUAGUCCAUUGGGGCAAUACAAACUCGAAGCAUAAUCAUUCGACAACAGCAUAUUGGGCGGACAAUUGGGAUUCAAUUUCGUCUGACCGAAGAGGAAAUCACCCGUGCUUUGACCCAAAUAAGGAUCUCGUACUUCCAGCUUGGAAGCUACCUGAUGGAGGUUCUCUGAAAGCUAAAUUUUGGGCUAGGCCACGGGAGGCGAGGAAGACACUAUUUUAUUUUAAUGGCAAACUAGGACCAGAUUAUGAAAAUGGGAGGCCUGAAGCUACGUAUAGUAUGGGCAUAAGGCAGAAAGUGGCUGAAGAAUUUGGAUCGAGCCCUAACAAGAAAGGUGAGCUUGGCAAGCAGCAUGCAAAAGACGUUCUUGUGACCUCAUUACGCGCUGGGAAUUACCAUGAGGAAUUGGCUAGUUCUGUCUUUUGCGGAGUUAUGCCUGGCGAUGGGUGGAGUGGACGGAUGGAAGAUAGUAUUUUGCAAGGGUGCAUUCCUGUAGUCAUUCAGGAUGGUAUAUACCUGCCGUACGAGAAUGUCCUUAACUAUGAAAGCUUUGCCGUUAGGAUACGCGAAGAUGAAAUUCCGAAUUUGAUGAACAUUCUCCGGAGUAUAAACGAGACAGAAGUCGAAUUCAAAUUGGCAAACGUAAAGAAACUCUGGCAGAGAUUCUUUUAUCGCGAUUCCAUCUCCCUUGAAGCUGAGAGACAAAAGGAUGCGUCUGGGCGCAUCGAUGACUGGGCCGAGCAGCUUUCACAGCUAAAGGAAGACGAUGUCUUCGCCACAUUCAUACAGGUGCUGCACUACAAGCUACACAACGACCCUUGGAGACGACUAGUUCCUCGGAGGAAAAAGGAAUUCGGAUUGCCUGGAGAAUGCUUAAUGAGAAGAUGAUGUAUACAGAAAAUGAAAAUAUAUAUAUUUGUUAGAACACAGACAGCAGCUAAGGCAUAAGAAUGCCAACUGCAGGAGAUGGAGAUCUAAAGGGGAGCCACAAGAAGGCCACAAUUUUGGCGAAAAUACAAAAUUUUCUAUGCAUAUAUCUUAGUAAUAUAACAGCAUUGCAAAAUUACAUUCUUUUAUA